AUGAGCAGGGAUGGUGAAAGCGACCAGAACGUUCUGGAUGAAUUAGGGCUAGUCAACGUUCUUUCGCAGCAAUCCUUGGAGCAAAGGAUAGGGAAAAACGUCGAUGACCUGACUAAUAAGAAAUUACGGGAGCAAGAGCUGCAACGACUAGAAAGGUCAAAUAAUCUCCUUGAGAAACUUCAGCAAAGAAAACAGUAUUUGGAGAGGAAACUGCAUAAUGCUACAAGAAUAUCUGUCAAAGCUCGCCUGAAAGAACAGAUCUCUGAGCUUGAGAACGGGGACAUGAGGGACGCAAAAAUAGACAUGAGAGAUGUUCAGAGAAGACUUGAGGCAUUGGAUGAAAACACGGUUGUUGAAGAUAACAAUACAAUAUCAUUUACUGGAGAUGGGAGGAAACCGGGCGAGUCAGAAACAGAAUACCUGGUUCGGAUAGGGAAAGUCACAGCAUUCGGCUCUGCGGCAGGAUUCACUAUCGAUGGUGUAGAUGACGAUAAAUACGGUGAAACAACACCCACUUUAAUAAAACAAGAGUUGAGUGGUAAUGAUCAGGCUUUUGCAAUGGCUAAUGAACAGUUGGUCGAGAACAUCGCAUCUGAGGAAUCUUCAUCGAAGGGGCAACCAAGCGACCAGGAGUAUGUAGACGACGGAACCGCCACUAUAUCGGAAGAUGACACUGGCAACGAAAAAGACUACAUAGAUAGUGGGAAUUCAUCCGCUGAAUUAGAUCUGAUACUCGCAAACACGGGCGAAGCGAAGGACGAUGGGGAUGAAAUUUACUAUCAAAAGAGAUUACGAAAGUGGAUAAAGAAGAGGUCUGUAGAUAGAAAAUAUGAUAAGUGGCCAGAUUUACCCGAGUGGAGGAAACCUCAUCCAGAUAUACCGACAGCACGAUUAAACGAUACAUUCAAAGUUCCAGGUGAGAUUCAUUCACUCUUAUUUAAUUACCAAAAGACGUGCGUUCAAUGGCUAUACGAACUAUAUCAACAAAAUUGUGGCGGUAUUGUAGGAGACGAAAUGGGUCUAGGGAAAACCAUACAAGUUAUUGCAUUUUUAGCUUCACUGCACCAUUCUGGUCUGCUCAAUGGCCCUAUCCUCAUCGUCUGCCCCGCCACUGUCAUGAAGCAAUGGUGUAAUGAAUUCCAUAUUUGGUGGCCACCCUUCAGAGCUGUCAUAUUACACUCUAUGGGGUCAGGCAUGACUCAGAAUAGAAGGACAUUAAACGAAGAGCAAUUGGAAGAGAUCAUUAUGAACUCCAACCCAGAUGACAUAAGCUAUUCUGACUUACAAAACCCAUCAAAACUGAAAACGUCUAUCGAGUCAGGAACUGCCAUAGACUCCCUUAUUGAGAAAAUUGUUAACGAUGGUCACGUAGUGAUCACAACCUACGUGGGCUUGAGAAUUCAUUCCGAUAAGCUCUUGAAAGUGAAAUGGGCAUAUGCUGUGCUGGAUGAGGGUCAUAAAAUAAGAAACCCGGAUUCAGAUAUAUCGUUGACCUGUAAGAAACUCAAAACACCCAAUAGAAUCAUCCUAUCUGGUACCCCAAUACAAAACAAUUUGAACGAGUUAUGGUCACUGUUUGACUUCAUUUUCCCGGGGAAGCUGGGAACCUUACCAGUCUUUCAGCAGCAAUUUGUCCUACCGAUAAAUAUGGGCGGAUAUGCCAAUGCUAGUAAUGUUCAGGUCCAAACGGGUUAUAAAUGCGCAGUGGCGUUGAGAGACUUGAUAUCUCCAUACUUGCUGAGACGUGUUAAGUCUGACGUCGCGAAGGAUCUACCGGAGAAAAAGGAAAUGGUACUGUUCUGCAAACUGACACAAUACCAGAAAAAUAAAUAUAUGGAGUUCCUAAACUCUUCCGAAUUAGACCAAAUAAGAGGUGGGAAAAGACAUGUCUUGUAUGGUAUUGACAUUUUGAGAAAAAUAUGUAACCAUCCGGAUCUGCUUGAGAAAAAUGAGAAGCAGAAUACGCGAGACUACGGGAACCCGAAACGGUCCGGGAAAAUGCAAGUGGUGAAACAAUUGAUUUUACUUUGGAAAAAACAAGGACAUAAAACGUUACUCUUUACACAAUCAAGACAGAUGCUGGACAUUUUGGAACGGUUUGUAUCGGUUAACGACCCCGAAUUCUCAGACAUCAGGUAUCUGAGGAUGGAUGGUACAACCAAUAUAUCAAAAAGGCAAAACUUAGUGGAUCAAUUUAACAAGGGGCCAUUUGAUUUAUUUUUGUUGACAACAAGAGUUGGGGGUCUUGGUAUCAACCUCACAGGCGCUAACCGGAUAAUAAUAUUUGAUCCCGAUUGGAAUCCGUCCACCGACUUACAGGCUAGGGAAAGGGCUUGGAGAAUUGGUCAGAAAAGAGAGGUAUCAAUCUACAGAUUAAUGGUUUCUGGGACCAUUGAGGAGAAAAUCUACCAUAGGCAAAUCUUCAAACAGUUUUUAACAAAUAAGAUCUUGAACGAUCCCAGACAAAAAAGAUUCUUCAAAAUGAACGAAUUGCAAGAUUUGUUCACCCUGGGUGGGGAUGAUGGAUUGGCCUCUGAGGAGAUGUCCCAGGAAGUGGAAAAGCUUACGAUGAAGUUGAAGAAUUCUGCCUCGGCACAAAGUGACGACCUUGAUAAAGUGGUUGAAAUUGCUGGUGUUUCCAAAUUGGAAAGUUUUUACAACGGAAAGGAACAGAAGGAAAAGGCCAAAAAUGAAGACGAGAGACUAAUUGACGGUUUACUUGGUGGAUCCAACAACAUAGAGGGGAUUUCAACCCAUGAUCAAGUGGUCCACUCCCAUAUGAGCUCUUCGAAACUAGUUACUAAGGAAGCUCAACGACUUGCUGAGGAAGCUGUGGCUGCUCUCAGAAAGUCCAGAAAUUCCACCAAGAAAUUUGACAUCGGGACACCAACAUGGACAGGAAAAUUUGGGCAAGCUGGCAAAAUUAAAAAGAGAGGAAAAGUAACCAAAAAAUCUUUGGGGUCAAAAGAAAUUUUGAAUAACAUUAGAGCUGCGAAAAAAGAAGGGGCGAACAUUGAUAACACGGACACAAAAUCUUCUUCUGUCAUUGACAGCAAUGAAAAAAUACUAGAAAAGAUCGAGAAUUAUCUAAACAGCUGUCCUGCUUAUUUUGCAUCUUCGAAGAAUAUUAUAGAGCAGCUUGGUAUUGAUUUACGAGAGAAAGAUAGCGUCGUUAAAGUACGAGCCUUGUUAAAGACUAUCUCCAGUUUUGAUAAGGAAAGGAAAGGUUGGUACCUUGAUGAGGAAUUCAGAAAUUGA